AUGCACUUGAAAGUGCUGCUCUCUUGGGCAGCCAUGAUCGGCUUAGCAUCACACCCCGUAUUCCACUUCUUCGAACCUAAAAUCCUAGCCUUCAUCGUCUUGAUCCUCUCGUACUAUACAGCGAUUCUCACAGAAUGCGUUGACCGCACAACGCUAGACAUCGGUCACCUUGCGAUCGCAGCACUGACGGCUUCACUCACCACAGGUGUCUACCUUGUGGCCCUCGCUUCGUCAGUUGUGCUUUAUCGUCUUGCGCCGUGGCAUCCGUUGGCAAGUUAUCCGGGCCCGAGGCUCGCGAAGCUAAGUAAAUGGUGGAUGGCGUAUUGGAUCGCAAGGGGUGAACGACACCUCGUACUCCAGCGGUUGCACAAGAAGUACGGUCCUUGGGUUCGAGUCGGCCCGAACGAGCUCUCUAUCAGUCUCCCGGAAGCAGUCCGUCCGGUGUAUACGACCAUGUUUCGCGCGCCGUUCUACCAGGGUGCGCCAAUGGAUGCGGAUGCACUCAUCACGACCACGAUUCGAGCGGAACAUACCCUGCGUCUGUUUGCGUGGAACAAGGCUUUCAACUCGGAAUCUCAGAAACGUUUCCAGGCUGUCGCUCAGACUCGAACAUCGCAACUACUGGACGUCCUUACAAAAGUUGCCGCAGAGAAGAAAGAGAAAGCCGUAGACCUAUCGCAUUGGAUAUCUCUCUGGGCUAUGGACAUAAUGGGCGAUAUUUCAUUCUCUGGAGGCUUUGAGACCAUGGCUUCUGGGAAGGACUCGGAGGGUUGGAUGGAGGUGUUGUCUAUGGGCGUGCUUGCUGUCGGAGUACUGGGUCAGGUUCCAUGGAUGCGCGAUAUUGUGGCUAUGUUGCCCCAGCCUGGUCCUAUUAUCACGUUUCAGCAGUUCGCCAAACGCAAAGUCCUCGAGACGCGAAACCUCAGCGGUGGGAUACCCAGAGACAUACUCGGCAUCCUCCAAAACGACAGUGACUACCAGGUGACGGAAAAAGAGGCCGCGGCCGACGCGUCCUUCAUGGUCGUAGCCGGCCAAGACACGAUCUCGCAGGCCAUGACCGCCUUUUUCCGCUACGUGGUCGCAGAUCGAACGAUCCUUGAGCGUCUGAGGAAUGAAUUGGAUGAAGCCUUCGAUGCAGAUGUUCAGGAUAUGGAUCCCCUCCGCCUCGCGAAGCUGCCGUUCUUGGACGCGUGUGUGCUGGAGACGCUGCGGAUGGUUCCUCCUGUUGCGGCCGGUCCUCCGCGUUACAGUGGGGAGAGGGGUGUUCGAAUACUGGACCGUUAUAUUCCGCCUCGCACCACUCUUGCUUGUCCGAUAUUUGGAAUGCACCACGAUGCGCGAUUCUUCAGCAACCCGGAAGAGUUCUUACCCGCUCGGUGGCUGGACUCUCCUAGUAGUGGUGUCCACAAUGCCGAUGCUUAUAUGCCCUUCAGCUACGGCGUCGGUGUCUGUAUCGGAAAACCGGUCGCGUUGCAUAACAUGAAGCUCCUGGCCGCCAGUCUGGUGAAGAAGUUUCAGCUACGACUUUCUGCUGAUUUCGAUGUACGGAAGUUCGAUGCGUCUUAUAAGGAGCAUAAUCUGUGGUUGCACGAUCCGCUCGUGGUCGAGUUAUGUCCUCGUGUUUGA